AUGGCAGCCUCCAACUUUGUCACCAGGCAGUACGCCUCUGAAGCCUUUGUCGAAAGCUGCGGCGCAAUCCUCUUCGACUCGUCCAAAGACCCAGCAAGGGUCUGCCUGCUCCGUUACCUGGCCACAAACGAAUGGCUUCUGGCCAAGGGCAGACGCAAUUGCGGCGAGUCGAGGCAGGAGGCAGCCUUGCGGGAGGUGUUGGAGGAGACGGGCUUACGCUGCCGACUUCUGCCUGUUGAUAUGGCCACGCGGGCGCCGGAACCGGAUGACGAUGCGAAUGCUCCCGAUCAAGCAGCCGCGCGUCGAGGAAUCACGGAGCCGUUUAUGCUGACGAUGCGAGAGCUCGAUGGGGGGGCUAGAGUGAAACUGAUUUGGUGGUACCUUGCGACUCUUGAGGAGGGAGCAGCGGUAGAGACGGCUGGCGGGGAGACUCAGUUUAGUGCGAGCUUCUUUGGUCUUGACGAAGCUGUUCAGAAGCUCACGUUUGAGGACGACCGAGGCGUUCUGAGGAAGGCCAUCCAACUCAUCAUGAAAACAACUCUUGGGUCAUAG